AGUUUUGCAACAUAGGAAAGGGAGAAAGAUGGAUAAUAAGGAUGUUUGAAAGAGGCGGGUGUAUUAAGUGUGGAGGGGAAUGUUGUGGUAGCUGUUGCGGUGGUGAGUAAACAUCACAUGACUGGAGGGCACCCCAGGCCGGCCACCCACACCCAUCUUUGUCCUCUUCCAACCACUUAUUACUGCCGCUGCGUCAUUCACACACCACCACUAUGAGGCUGCUGGUGCUCCUCGUCCCUCUGCUAGCAGCUUGUGUGCUGCCAGGAGAGUGUGCUUUGGUUGGUGUGCAUAAGUGUACCUACGGCCCUGGUUACUGGUGUGAUUCGCUCUUCAAUGCAAAGGAGUGCAGCGCUGUUAAACACUGCAUCCAGACUGUAUGGGAGAAGCAGAGGCUGCCGGAAGACAAUGAUGACAUCUGCACAAUUUGUAAGAACAUGGUUCAGGAGGCAAGAGACCAGCUCCUCAGCAAUGAAACUCAGGAGGAAAUCCUUGAAGUCUUGGAAGGCUCAUGCCGUUUGAUUCCGCUCAGGGUGGUGUCCAAUGAAUGUGUCGAUGUUGUUGAUGAGUACACUCCAGAACUGAUUGACACAUUAGCCUCAGCAAUGAACCCUCAGAUAGUCUGUGCAACUGCUGGCCUCUGCAACUCAAUCAGAAUUGACAGGUUGCUGCAACAAUAUCUGGAAAAUCACCCCGUCGAGUCCAACGAGAUCAUACCAUCUCGACCAGUUCAGGAUCCACAACCGGGCGAUUGUGAAUCCUGCAAGGAUUUUGUUUCUCGAGUAAUCCGCACAGUGAAGACCCAUACCCGUAGCCAGUUGAUGGACCGCUUGCUUGCUAUAUGUGGACGUCUUGGAUCUUUGUCUGAUGGCUGUAUGGCUCUUGUACAAGAAAAUUUUGGUGAUAUCUACAAUUUCCUCACAGAGCAAUUGAACCCUGAAGAUUUUUGUGACUUUAUUGAAAUGUGCGAGCCUAGAAUGCACCAGGAUGAAUUUUACCAGAGACCUGCCCUUCCACAUAGCGGAGAUGAGACAUGUGACUUCUGCCAGGCUAUAGUACAACACUGGCGAGACAUUCUCAUUGCAAACACUACAGAACAAGAAUUCAAGCAGAUUUUGGAAGGUCUUUGCCGUCAGACUGGCAAAUUCAGCAAGAACUGCCUUUCACUUGUGGAAGAAUACUAUCUGCCUCUUUACAACCUUUUGGUGUCAGAAAUCCACCCAAAAGAAAUUUGUGCAGCUGUUGGACUUUGUGGUGCCAACUCUGUAUUUGCUGUGGAGCAUCCUGUAUGGACAUUGCUUGAUGUCCACCAGCCAGACACUGUAGCCCAGACUCCUCUAGUAGCUGCUGUCAGGGUUGAUGUGGAACCUGGUAAUAGAUUGACAGGUGGUGACGAGGCAGCUGCUAUCAACUCUGAGCGAGAGCAACAACGCCCACACUUGCCACGUGUACCUCUUGUUAGGAAUGGAAUUGAUGUUGUGCCAGUGGGUACAAAUGGCAUGAUUGGUGUUGCUCUUGGCAAGGGCCAUGUCAGAGAUAACAAGUGUGUCAUGUGUGAGUUUGCUCUGCAAUUCCUCCAGAACAUGCUCGAACAAAAGGACACUCGUAAGGACAUUGAAGAUGCAGUGGAGAAACUGUGUACCAUGAUGCCUCGUACAAUUGCAGAAGAGUGUGAAGACUAUGUUGAAGCUUAUGGAGACCAAGUUAUUGAACUGCUUGCUCAGGAAAUUGAUCCAUCACAGAUUUGUCCCAUGAUCCACAUGUGCCCAGCUGUCUUGAUGAUGGAAGAGCCCUCCAGUGGUGAUGAUACAUCAUGUGUAAUGUGCGAGUAUGCGUUAACAACACUUGAAAAUUAUGUGAAGGAUGAUAAGACAGAGGCACACAUUCGGGAGGCUCUUGACCAUCUGUGUUCCUUACUGCCCGGAACAGUUACAACAGAAUGCCAGACAUUUGUUGAUAAAUAUACACAGCAGAUCAUUCAGAUGUUGAUAAAUGAUUUAUCUCCUGAUGAAGUGUGUAUUCAACUGGGACUUUGCAAGCCCAAAGACUUGCCCAGACUGGAUAGUUCACACCAGCUUCCUGUUUCACGCAUGUUUGUGUUACCCCAUGCCAUAGAUCAGCAAAAUAACAUUGGGACACCAAGGGUAGGACAGUCUGCUGCAUGUGUACUGUGUGAAUUCACAAUGAUACAGAUAGACCAGCUUCUCUCAGAUAAUACUACAGAGAAUGAAAUCAUUGAGGUGGUAGACUUCAUAUGUACCCGCCUGCCAGGAACACUUCAGGACGAUUGCAUUGGCUUUAUUGAGCAGUAUGGUGAUGCCAUUGUCAAGCUUCUAGUUAACCAGCUUAAUCCCAAAGUUGUUUGCCAAGAACUUAAACUCUGCAAAGCACCUUCAUUCACAGGUCUGAGGCCCAGUGAAUUUUCUUUUGGUAAGUGCCAAGUGUGUAAAGGUAUUAGUUACGUUGAUGAAAAGUUAGGAUGGGCUUCCCACUACCAUUGUACCAUACGGGAAAGAAGUGUGUUGGCUUUUCCCCCCAAAGGAAAGGAACAGUGCCGCAGUAUGAUUGAAGUGUAUGGGCCCUACCUGGUGAACCUACUAGCUGAACUUGGUGAUCCUGAAAAAGUUUGUCAAGGAUUGAAGAUGUGCCCCAGAGAUUCACCUGAACAUCUUCUGGGCGGCGAGAAAUGUACUUGGGGUCCAUCAUAUUGGUGCCAGACACAGAUGCAUGCUACUGCCUGUAAGGUAAGUAAUCAUGUGCAUGUGGUAAUAGGAGAUGGUAUGGAAGUCCUGACGAGAUGUAAUUAAUGAAGAUGUGAGCAG